AUGUUCCCACAACUAAGCAUUGAACGUGCCAGCGUGUUUGCUCUUGGCUUGGUUGCCACAGGCUCACUUGUCGUUGCUGGGCCAUGUGACAUCUACUCCUCUGGUGGCACGCCCUGCGUCGCCGCCCACAGCACCACUCGUGCCCUGUAUAGCAGCUACAGUGGCCCACUCUACCAGGUAAAGCGCGGCUCCGAUGGUGCCACAGCUGACAUUGCGCCUCGUUCUGCCGGCGGUGUCGCGAAUGCCGCCGCACAAGACUCCUUCUGUGAUGGCACUACCUGCCUCAUCACCAUCAUUUAUGACCAGUCCGGCCGCGGUAAUCACCUCACCCAGGCUCCGCCCGGUGGCUUCAGUGGCCCGGAAUCCAAUGGCUACGACAACCUGGCUAGCGCGACUGGCGCACCGGUCACGCUGAACGGUCAGAAGGCGUAUGGUGUCUUCAUCUCGCCCGGCACCGGCUACCGCAACAACGCCGUCAGCGGCACAGCUACAGGCGACGCACCUGAGGGCAUGUACGCGGUCCUUGAUGGGACUCAUUACAAUGAUGCCUGCUGCUUCGACUAUGGCAAUGCUGAGACCAGCAGUCUCGAUACAGGCAAUGGCCACAUGGAGGCCAUCUACUUUGGUGACAACACUAUCUGGGGCACUGGCUCCGGCAGCGGCCCUUGGAUCAUGGCCGAUCUCGAGAACGGCCUGUUCUCUGGCUCCAGCCCUGACAACAACUCUGGCGACCCGUCGAUCUCCUACCGCUUCCUCACUGCUGUUGUCAAGGGGAAGGAAAACCAGUGGGCUAUCCGCGGCGCCAACGCUGCGUCCGGCUCGCUAUCGACAUUCUACAAUGGUGCGCGCCCAAGCGUGUCUGGCUACAAUCCAAUGAGCAAAGAAGGUGCCAUCAUUCUUGGCAUCGGCGGCGACAACAGCAACGGCGCCCAGGGCACAUUCUAUGAGGGUGUGAUGACCUCCGGCUAUCCGUCCGACGCCACCGAGAACUCGGUGCAGGCCAACAUUGUAGCAGCCAAAUACGCCACCGCAUCGCUGACCAGCGGCCCCGAGCUCACUGUCGGUUCCUCGAUCUCCCUGCGGGCCACCACACCUGGCUACACAACGCGCUACAUUGCACACUCCGGCUCUACCGUCAACACCCAGGUCGUCUCAUCAUCCAGCUCCACCACCCUCAAGCAGCAGGCCAGCUGGACGGUUCGCACCGGCCUUGCCAAUAGCGACUGCUUCUCGUUUGAGUCCAAAGACACCCCCGGCAGCUUCCUACGGCACUACGACUUUGUGCUCCAACUCAGCACCAACGACGGCACGAAACAGUUCCACGAAGAUGCCACGUUCUGUCCGCAAGCCGGCCUCAACGGCCAGGGCAAUUCGGUUCGGUCCUGGAACUAUCCCACCCGCUAUUUCCGCCACUACAACAACGUUCUCUAUGCCGCGAGCAACGGCGGUGUUCACACGUUCGACGCCACCUCCUCGUUCAACAACGAUGUGAGCUGGGUGAUCAGCACUGGCUUUGCCUGA